GAGAAUGAUCCACAUUAAAUGUUCCGAGCAGUAUUCAUUUUGCCGCCUUUCGGGCUCAAACCUUGAUCUUUAAUUGGAGAACAUUAAUUUUCCAUCGACGGAAUGUUCCAGUUAAUUUGGAACUUUGUCUACCCUACCCGGAAGAAGAGCUUGAUCGAGGACGCGAGGCGGGAAUCGACCCGCUCAUCGCUCGACAUCACCUCGAUGUCGUUGGCCCUCUCGAGUCCCGAGGAAAAGGACGACGUGUUCGACGACGCCUUCGAACCCCUCCAGGAGAACGCCAUUCGUCGUUUCACUGUGACGUUCGCCAGUAAGGAAGACAUGGGCUUUGGGUCCCUCUCGGAUGCGUUACGUGUAUUCCAGAAAAGAAAGGUUACCUUGACUCACGUGGAAUCUCGUCCGUCCAACAAAGUUGAAGGCCAGGUUGAAUUUCUCGUGCAGUGCGAGACGAAAGGGAGCUCUUCCAAGAAUGUGCUUACCGCCCUCCAGAAAGUCGCUGAGAAUGUUCGACUUGAGAAAGAAGAAGUCACAAAGAGAGGUCCAUGGUUCCCGACAAGGGUUUACGAGUUAGAUCGAUGUACCCAUCUUCUUUCAAACUACGAACCGGAUCUCGAUGACGGACAUCCGGGAUUUUGUGACAAGGACUACAGAGAAAGACGACAGCGGAUCGCAGAUAUUGCUUUUAAAUACAAACACGGGCAGCCAAUUCCUCGGGUGGAAUAUACAGAUGACGAGCUCCGGACCUGGGGUCUGAUAUAUCGUCAGCUGAAGGCUCUGUUUCCUACACACGCAUGCAAAGAACAUAUCGACGCCUUCAACGUACUCGAAAAGGAAGGACUUUACAGUGAAACAUUUAUUCCACAACUUGAGGACGUGUCAACCUUUUUGAAAGGUAAAACGGGUUUUCAGCUGCGGCCUGUAGCUGGACUUCUUUCAGCACGUGACUUUCUAGCUAGUCUUGCUUUCAGGGUGUUUCAAGCAACACAAUAUGUGCGCCAUUCCUCAGCUCCCAUGCACACACCCGAGCCGGAUUGUUGUCAUGAACUUCUUGGUCACGUGCCCAUGUUAGCUGAUCCAACAUUUGCACAGUUUUCGCAGGAGAUAGGGCUUGCUUCACUUGGCGUAUCUGACGAAGACAUUACACGACUCGCAACACUUUACUGGUUUACUGUAGAGUUUGGACUAUGUAAGCAGAAUGGUGAGACGCGGGCGUGUGGGGCUGGUUUACUUUCAGCCUUCGGUGAACUACAGUACGCCCUCUCCGACAAACCAGAGCAUCGUCCCUUUGAACCGAACAAGACAGCCAUUCAGGAGUACCAGGACAAUAACUACCAACCCAUCUACUUCGUGGCAGACUCAUUUACCGAUGCUCAGUCAAAGCUCAGGCUUUACGCCAUGAAGAUGCUGCGUCCUUACAACGUUCGGUACGACCCUUAUACCCAAAGCGUCCAGGUCAUCGAUAAGGUGGACAAACUCCGCGACGCCAUACGGGAUCUCAACGGACAAAUGGUCGUACUUACCUCCGCCAUCGAGAAACUUAUGUAACAAAGUAUAUUGAUAGGUUUAGCGUCAGGACAUAUGCCUAUACCUGUUUCAGCGACCGCUAUAACAUCUCGUCUGUUCUGUUGGCGUUUCUUUGCAUGCAUGGAUUGUUAUUCUAGCCCUGCUUGGUUUUCAUGACAUUUUCCUUGGUCCGCGUCAAUCCAAAACAUAAUUUCAAAGCGAUUCCAAACAAUAAUCAUUACGGUUACAAUGCCAGAUUCGGGAGGUUUUUACGCAGCGACGCACGGACGAUUCAAGAAUAAAUUAAAUCGUUUGAGCAUGCCCGUCAAAAUGACAAAGAACAGCUGGGAGGUCUUUUUUUCGAAAGUUAGUGAAACGGAACAGCAGUUUCGUCCGAAGUUUCGGAGUAAACGAAAAAUUGUAGAUAUGUCGUUUGUCCAGAGUCUAGGACUAUAUUGCCGUUUUUAAUCACCAAUUUUUGACAAAGACUGUUCUCUGCCAUGACGGGCGUGUGAUGAUACCUUUUCUCUGUUCUUGAAUUAUCCGUACGUUGCAGUGCAAAAUUUCCCUAAUGAAGAUCAAACUCCUUACGCCUAUCUAAACAAAUUUGUCGAACUUAUCUCUGGUAUUAACCCCCCAAAAAAAUUAACAGUGUACUCACAGGUUUGAGGUCGGAUGAAAGUGUUGUGGGCGCCGUUUCAUGAACAUUGUCAGCACUGGCAAUCGUAUUUCAUACUCGAACAGUUACAACACAAACAGUCGGUGCCCGGUACCUCUCGGCCACUCAAACCAAAGAUUUCACUUGAAUUUUAUCCCUUUUGUGCGCCCCUUUACAUUAAACAUAGCUAUUUAUCAUUCAAUGCCAUUUGCAUUGGCGACGAUUUGCUUCAUUGAGAAUGCUCACAUCGAUACAAGAAAAUCAGUCUCAAAGUUAUUAAAAUUAAAAUUCAAACAAAAUUUAUUUUCUUCAAUUUUUACAAAAUACCAAUUGACAAUAUAAUCCAAAUUAUCAUCAUAAAAGACUGUAAAUAUAUACAAGAUUUGUUAACCGAAGAAGGCAUAAUUCCCUAAAAGCAAAAAGCUUGUGGCGGGAUAUGCCUGUAACACAAAACAAUGCAAAUACUAAACGGUAAAGGAAGUAAGGCUAGGAAAGGACAGGAAGAAUAAAGACAAGGGAAGGUUAAUAAUAAUUGUAAUCGUCAUCACCAUUAAACUAAGAUUGUUGAUGCCUCAAAUUCUAUCUUAUAUGUCUUAAGAGAACUUAGGUCUGAAGCCAAUAACAUUGUUAUGAAUAAUGAGAUGACGUUCCAGUCAAGUGCUGCAGUCUGUGGUGCCUCCUCAAAACAUUGACAGGAAGCCAGUAAUCUUUUUUUUGGAGGGGGGGGGCAUAUUUGUUGUUCCUCAUGUCCAAUUCCCACCCCCUUGUAAAAAAAAUGACUUAUAACUGAGAAAAAUAUGUUUGACGAAUUUUUAUCCUUGAUCUACAAAUCGUUGUCUUUGAAUAUAAAAUAAAAAUGUUAGAGAAUGAAUUAAAAAAAAACCUUGAAAACGAAAAGAGGGUAAUUAGAUUUAAUCUCCAAACCUCUUUUUCAAUAUAAAUAUAUUGUGACCUUACAUUCUGGCAGGAUGAUUAUUAAGAAAUACAACAUAACAUAGGUCACCUGAUAUGAAAUUUCCGUUUAUCGUUCCUUCUCGUUAUCCUGCGUCACAUGACUUAGUCAUCUAUCACGUGAUAAAAACAGGUGUCAUAUGAUUCAGUGGGUUUGACGUUUUCCUUUUAAGCAAAACUAUAGUGACUUUCGCCUUUUUUACGCACAGUUUCGGAGAGUCUUUAUUACUAUUAGAAUAUUUCAUUAUCAUAUUCAGUAGGACAGGAAUAUUUCACAUUAAAAAGAAAAUCAUGAAUGACAGUAUUUUUUUCCUUUUACGCAAAUGAUACGGAUUUCAUUGAACCUAAUUGCAUAAUUGCAGUUUGUGGUGACGAAACCUACUUUCACCCUUAUUUAUCAUGUUUAUGAUACAGGGAGUAAAAAAAACCCUGCAAAUACCAAAGUUGAGCGCCAUCAUGUGCUUGGAAAAACACAGGUCUAUUUCUUCGGCAAGCUUCCAUUUCAAGAUUUGAUUUAUAAAUAUAUAUAAUAAAUAGAACUAUUUAUUUCCGUGUACAUAAGCAAAUUAUUCAUGUUUAGAAACUAAAAGCUUAUGACAAAACAAUAAGUGUUUUUAUAUAGGUGUCAGUUUAUUGUGGGGAUAAUAUGGUUGAUAUUAUAGUGCAAUAAUGUAUUGCUGUUGAAAAAUACACCGUGAAUCGAAUGUAUAUCUUGUCUGAUACCUCUGAUACGAUAUUCUUAUCGUAGGAUAGUAUUAAAUAAUCCACGAAUGAACGUGAUUAGAUUUGAAUCGUACAUGUACCUGUUAUACUGUACAUUGUAUAAUGUGUUUUAUCCGGCCUUGAUCUCCAUUUGUCAAAAGAAAGUUGUAAAAAAAAAAACGAAACCCGCUAUAUAUCAUUUAUUGAGCAAUAAAGUAGUGAAUGCAGAAUACAA